AUGCUCCUACAUGAUAAUGCCAGCGAAGUGACAGAGUUCAUCCUGGUGGGUUUGUCCAAUCAUCCAAAAGUCCAGGUAGCAGUCUACCUGAUUACAUUGGUGGGUAACAGUCUCAUCAUUGUUGUGGUUAGAGUAGAUAAGCAGCUUCACACCCCUAUGUAUUUUUUCUUAAGCAACUUGCCCUUCCUUGAUAUCUGCUACUCUAGCAAUUCAGUGCCUUUUUUAUUGUUCAGUGGUUUAAGAGACUACCCCACCAUUUCCUAUACUAGCUGUUAUGCUCAGAUGACCAUUGCUCUUUUUCUGGGGAUGACAGAGUGCCUCAUCCUUGAUGUCAUGGCUUAUGAUAGAUUUAUUGCAAUAUCCAAUCCCCUGUGUCACACCAUCAUUAUGAAUGACCAGGUCUGCAUACAGUUGGCUGUGGUGACCUGGGCUAGUGCCUUCCUUUUAGCAGUAAUACCAAUCACUGCAAUUCUUGCCAGUUUUUGUGGACACAAUAUCAUCAACCAUUUUACCUGUGAGGCACAGGCCCUGUUGAAGCUCAUCUGGUCAGACACCCUAGUCAGACUUAUUCUGGGUCUGGUCAUCGGUAUAUUGACACUGCCGCUGCACUUCACCUUCAUCCUCAUCUCCUAUACUCGCAUUGUGGUUGUUGUGCUGAGGAUCCGCUCUGCAGAGGCCAGGCUCAAAACUUUCUCCACCUGUGGAUCCCAUCUGACUGUGGUCACCAUAUUUUAUGGGACAGCCACCUGCAUGUACCUGAAACCUCAGUCAAGGGAGUACCGGGACCAGGGCAAAGUCACCUCUACAUUUUACAGUGCUCUAAGCCCUGUGUUGAACCCUCUCAUUUAUACCUUGAGGAACAAGGAUGUGAAAGAUGCCCUAAGAAAAAUAAUUAAGAAGAAAUAG